AUGACGUCCGAAUCGAUAAUCGUUCAGAAGCCGCCGAACACCUUCUUCUGUCCAUUCUCGUUGUACACCUCAUCGGUGAUUCUAGCGUUUCUGCAUGGCUUCUCAACGAUCUCACUGGCAGCUCUCUACAAAAUCGAAAUCGAAGCGACGAGCACAAUAGUUGAGAUCGUGUUCUGGAUUCACGUGUGCUGCGGUCUCACCGCGUUCGCCUAUUUCGCGUUCUGUUUGUUCAAACGGAAACUCGGUUAUACUUAUGAAAUUAUCCUGCACACUUAUUUGUUGACUGGUCUUCUCAAUGGUUUGACGGCGUUAUUUGGCGUUCUCUAUGUGCCGCUAUUCUUCCUACAAACGGAGCAUUCUUUUAUGGAAGGUAUCGACUAUUUCAUUGUGUUCCUCUUCUGCGCUGCCGUGCUCGGCAUUCAAUGGGGCGUCAAGAAAAUCAGCGAGCAAAUGCUUCCUGUCAUGGAGCAGGACUUCAAAGUCUAA